UUGGCGAUAAGAUACAUUAUUUUGGAGGAGAACAACUACCUCAAUCGAACAUUUCAGCAGCAUUGGAUGAGGUUUUAUAUUUAGAUUUGUCAACUUCUUUUAAUAUAAAAUCACCUGCAUGGAUAAAUAUUACCCCAAAAUCUCAAAUCCCCUUCGCCAAUACAUUCUCAACAGCAGUAUCCCACUUAAAUGAUAAUGAUGUCUUCAUAAUUUACCUAAUGGGUGGAAUAAUGGUUGAUGCCAAGACCGAUGAAGACAAAUUUUCAUCAUUCAUUCAUGCCUUUAACACAGACUCAAAUGAAUGGGCAUCUUUAACUACAAAGGGAGAGCCAGAAAGGAGAUAUGAAUUGUCCUCGGUCAUUGACAAAUCAAAUAAAAUUAGAAUAUUUGGUGGCGUUACAAAUCAAGAUACUGGAUCUCCAACUACCAAAUGGUUUACAGAUCAAUACGUCCUUGAUAUAGAGACAAUGAUAUGGACGUCAAGUGUAGGAUCCAAUGUUCCCACAAACCGUUAUGAUUAUUCUACAACAAUAUUACCCAACGGUCAAAUCAUUUGUAUUGGAG